AUGACCCACGCAGUAGUGCAUCCAAGAUAUUCAUAUACUUCCAAGAAGCUCCCGCCUAUACCUGGGGCCCCAUCGUCAUCGUCCUCAUCGUCGUCAUCAUCACACACCCCCAUCGAUGCAAGUGAGUAUCGCCAACCGCCACGCCAACAGUCACGCCAACUGCCACGCCAACAGUCACGCCAACUGCCACGCCAACCGCCACUCCAACCGCCACUCCAACCGCCACUCCAACCGCCACAGCCUUCCAAUGAUGCAAGUGAGUUUUCGUCGUUGGCUCAUCGCCAACAGUCACGCCAACCGCCACAGCCCCCAAUCGAUGCAAGUGAGUUUUCGUCGUCGGCUCAUCGCCAACCGCCACUCCAACAGCCACAGCCUCCCAAUGAUGCAAGUGGGUUUUUGUCGUUGGCUCAUCUCCAACAGUCACGCCAACAGUCUCCCCCCCCUAUCGAUGCAAGUGAGUUCUCAUUACCGGCUCCUACCAUUGCAGCGGGUCCAUACAAGACGGAUAUCAGGUCAAUGCAUAAAGACCUUGUCAAAAACGUUAACCGGCUAUCAACGCUGUCGUCCUCAUCCUCGUCCGCGGCGCAGUCUCAUCAUACGCAACAGCCUACACCAAUGCAAAAGUCUAUAUCAAACAGCUCGCAGCUAACUUUUGAAGACAUCAAGUAUUACUAUACCAAGCUUAUAAAUUACGAAUUCAGGAACUUGCAAUUAGACACUGACUUGCAAACAAAGUCGCUCUUUGAUUUAAUUGAUUAUUGUGAGCUAUUAUAUGAGAAUUCUAAUAUACAAAUCAGCAAUGCAAAUAACCUCUUGGAACAACAACAGGGAAUAAAGACAUAUAUAAGGGGCUUUUUAAUAUUCAACUAUUUUAUCAAUAGCUUUAUCAUGCUUCAUUUUGAAGGGUUCGAUGAGUUUAUCAAGAUUAAUGAACAAGACUUUAUAAUAUACCUCAACAUCUAUGCAUUUUACAAUACUGACGUAUAUUUCCAAAAUGGCAACUACUCCAUUAGUGCUAUCGAUUUAAGGAAAUACGUCAAGCUUUAUCUCGUGGAAAAGAAUCUUUUGAGUUUUAAUAUUGAGGAACUAUAUGAGUGGUUGAAUGAGUAUAUACGAUAUCUUAAGAAAAAAGACGAACACCAGAGAUAUAACCUGAGUGAAUAUAGUUCAAGCGCAAGUGCUUCGGAAUACGAAUAUGAAGAACAACAACAACAACAACAACAACAACAAGACGAGCUCUAUUCCAUGAAUGGCGAAGAAGGCUAUAACAAACAAUCAUUUAUCAACUCAACAUACAUACCGUCAAAAAACAUGGCGAAUCAUACUGGAUCAUCAUCAAUAGGGUCAUUGGAUAGAUUCAAAAGUCGAUAUCCAUCGGUUAACGUCCAAAAAGAGUCUGUAAGGCUGCUAGAUUAUAAUUCAUUGGAAUUGAAAGCGGCUAGAAAGGCUCCACCGCCUAUUCCAAUGACACUUCCACCAGUAUUGGCACAAUUAGAGGCAACAUCUUUAUCAACAGCUCCAGUAAGCCAGAAUCCAAUAUCACCCUCACCCAACAAGAGAGUAGUACAAGGAGAACGUUUUGAUUAUCCAGUCACUCUUGGGGCUAAGGAAGCUGGCCUUCACCCGACAAAAGAGUUCAGUACUAACGGUAGUGAUUUAGCGUCACCUUCAUAUCAAUAUGGCCGAGUGGGAAAAGAAGUUCCCGAUGGGUACAUUCGUCCUCGAUAUAAACACUCCGCACUACUGUCCACUCACAAUAAUGACUCGUAUUCUCAACAUAAGCCUAAGGAGUCACAAACUAUGCAAGUGGAACCCUCGUACACAAAUUACAUACAUUCGCAAAUGCCGCCUUCUGUGGCGCCCUAUCAGCAGCAGCAACAAUAUGACUACCAUGUUCAGUAUCAAAAUUCUCCACAACCCAAUAUGUACUUGCAACAGUAUCCAGGUCCUCCCCCUCCAGCUGUUGGUCCUCUUUCUCCACCAAAUCCAUCUCAGCUUUUUUCAUAUACACCCCAUAACAAUUUGAUACCUACCCAUGUGUUACAAAAGCAAGAGCAAAUAAAGUCACAAAAAAUGAAUAUGUUGAAGGAUUAUUCAGUGUGUGGACUACGAAAUUUUGGAUCUUCUUGUUAUAUCAACUCAACUAUCCAGUUGUUAUUUGGGUUAUAUCCUUUUAAAAGCAUUUUCCAGAAGGGCUAUCAGAGGUAUGUGAAGGACCCUAAAUACGUAAAGAUUAUUCAAAAACAAGAUUCUCAUAAUAAAGAUUGCGUAUUGCUAAGCGAGGCUAUUGCCAAUCUUUUACGCACAUUUCACCAAAACGGAGGUGCCUCUGUUUCACCAACAAAGUUUAUAAGGAUUACUUCAUUGUUGAAACCCGGUUUCAACAUUCCACAUGAACAGCAGGACGCGCAAGAGUUUUUGCUAUUUAUACUAGAAAGGAUGCAUGAAGAACUCGGCGAUAAAAGAAUUGAAAAUUAUAACCCUGAUGAGUUAUUUGCCAAAUGGAACAUCACUGUGAAUUUGGAAAAUAGGUCUACUUAUCAUAAAUGGUGUAAGUCUUUAUUUGAACAUGAUGGCUCAAGCCCGGUACUGGAUUUAUUCCAAGGACAUUUGCAGAAUAAAUUAAAGUGUGUUAAAUGUGGCUAUGAAUCGAUAUCAUACUCGCCCUUUUCAAUAUUAUCAUUGCCAAUACCAAACACUAGAUAUCCUGACGAAGUUGUGGAUUUGAGUUCGUGUUUGCGCUACUACAUUCAAGACGAAACUUUAUCAGGAGAGAAUGCAUGGAGAUGUCCCAAAUGUCAUGGUGAAGUCCCCACUGUUGAAAACCAUCCAGUAUUUUCAAGUAAAAAAGGAUUGUUCAGACUUGGGAAAUCAAAAAAGCCUCAUUCUUCUUCAAAUGGGACAACAACAACAUCAUCAUCAUCUAGCUCUACGUCUUCGACUGUUUCCAUCAAGUCAUUAAAUUUUGUCAAGUUGCCUACGAUUUUGUUUAUCCAUUUAUCUAGGUUUUCAAUGUUUAACCAUACAGAUAAAUUGGGAACUCCUAUACGGUAUCCAUUGCUAUUAAAGUUCAAUAACGAUGGCCAUGAAAUUGUUUACAAAAUCACGGGGGUAAUUAAUCAUUUUGGAAAUUUGAAAAGUGGGCAUUAUACCGCGUUGAUUAAUAAAUCUACGUUAAAUGAAGCAAAACAUGGUGUAGAGAACUUGGCUCAUCCAUUUUGGUGUUAUUUUGACGAUGAAAGUGUAAAGCUGAAUCUAAGUAACGGAAAUUUGAAUGGCGGACCAGGUUAUGAUGAAGUGAUAUCAAAAGACGUUUACGUUUUGAGUUACGAAAGAAUCCACUAG